AUGGGCUCCCGCGGGCUGGGACUCACGCUGGCGGGCUGCCUGCUGCUGGCCUUCGCCUGCCGUCUGGUGCUGGGCCGAGUGCCCCGUGGGCAGCAGGAGCGGCAGGAGCCGGAGGGGACCAGGGAGCCGCCGAUGGACCACGCUGAGAGGGAUGAAGAAGAGCAUGAAAAAUACGGUCCCAGGCAGGACGAGGAAGCCCCUGCUUCUCGGUGCCUCCGCUGCUGUGACCCUGGUACUCCCGUGUACCAGGCCAUCCCGGUGCCGCAGAUCAACAUCACCAUCCUGAAAGGUGAGAAGGGUGACCGGGGAGACCGGGGCCUGCAAGGCAAAUACGGCAAAACAGGGUCCGUGGGUGCCAGGGGCCACACGGGACCCAAAGGGCAGAAAGGGUCCAUGGGGGCCCCCGGGGACCGCUGCAAGAAUCACUACGCCGCCUUCUCCGUGGGCCGGAAGAAGCCCCUGCAUAGCAACGACUACUACCAGACGGUGAUCUUCGACACGGAGUUCGUGAACCUCUACAACCACUUCAACAUGUUCACGGGGAAAUUCUACUGCUACGUGCCCGGCAUCUACUUCUUCAGCCUCAACGUGCACACCUGGAACCAGAAGGAGACGUACCUGCACAUCAUGAAGAACGCGGAGGAGGUGGUGAUCCUGUACGCCCAGGUGAGCGACCGCAGCAUCAUGCAGAGUCAGAGCCUGAUGCUGGAGCUGCGGGACCAGGACGAGGUGUGGGUGCGCCUCUUCAAGGGCGAGCGGGAGAACGCCAUCUUCAGCGACGAGUUUGACACCUACAUCACCUUCAGCGGCUACCUGGUCAAGCCGGCCAACGAGCCCUAG